AUGUCGUCAGACGACGAGAGAGAGGAGAGGGAGUUGGAUCUUACUGCCCCUGAAGUCGUCACCAAAUACAAAAGCGCGGCUGAAAUUGUCAACAAGGCAUUGCAGUUAGUGAUAUCAGAAUGCAAGCCAAAGGUUAAGAUUGUUGAUCUUUGUGAAAAAGGAGAUUCUUUUAUCAGAGAGCAAACUGGUAAUAUGUAUAAGAAUGUGAAGAAGAAGAUUGAAAGAGGAGUUGCUUUUCCUACUUGUGUUUCUGUCAACAAUACUGUUUGUCAUUGUUCUCCACUUGCUAGUGAUGAAUCAGUCUUAGAAGAAGGAGAUAUUGUCAAGAUUGACAUGGGAUGUCAUAUCGAUGGAUUUAUUGCUGUUGUUGGGCAUACCCAUGUUCUUCAGUCAGGGCCAGUUAAGGGUAGAGCUGCUGAUGUUAUUGCAGCAGCUAAUACUGCUGCUGAAGUUGCCUUGAGGCUUGUAAAGCCUGGAAAGAAGAAUAAAGAUGUUACAGAAGCCAUUCAGAAGGUUGCUGCUGCUUAUGACUGCAAAAUUGUUGAAGGCGUUCUUAGCCACCAGCUGAAGCAGUUUGUGAUAGAUGGAAACAAGGUGAUUCUGAGUGUGUCCAAUCCCGACACAAGAGUGGAUGAUGCAGAAUUUGAGGAAAACGAAGUGUAUGCAGUGGAUAUUGUCACAAGUACAGGGGAAGGCAAGCCAAGGCUGUUGGAUGAGAAGAAUACUACUAUAUACAAGAGAGCUGUAGACAAGAACUAUCACUUGAAAAUGAAAUCUUCUAGAUUUAUUUUCAGUGAAAUUAAUCAGAAAUUUCCCAUCAUGCCAUUCUCUGCAAGAGCCCUCGAAGAGAAAAGGGCUCGUCUGGGAUUAGUUGAAUGUGUGAAUCACGAUCUCCUGCAGCCCUACCCGGUUCUUCAUGAGAAGCCUGGUGAUUUUGUUGCUCAUAUCAAGUUCACAGUAUUGCUAAUGCCAAAUGGAUCAGAUCGGAUCACAUCACAUGCUCUCCAAGAGUUGCAGCCUACCAAGACGAUAGACGAUCCUGAAAUCAAGGCCUGGUUAUCUUUGGGUACAAAGACAAAGAAGAAGGGUGGUGGGAAGAAGAAGAAAGCUAAGAAGGCAGGUGAAAAGGCGGAGGAGUCUACAGAAGCUGAACCUAUGGAUGCAGCCACAAAUGGGGCUGCUGCUUAA